UUCUCUCAAUCCAAAGUGUCAGAGAUAAAAACAGACCUUGUCAGAGCCUCCAUUUUCCACCUCUCCGGGUUUAUAUCCCAUUCUUGCCUACUGUUCUUACAUCUCCUCUGUUCGGCGAAAAAAUGAAGGGCAAUCACGAUUCUGAUGAUGAUCCGAAAAGCCCACUUCUCCCUGUCAAUGAUCCAGUCGAGCCGUCGUCACGCUCACCCUUUUCUCUCAAAUCCUUAGUCACACUUAAAAGUUUGUACGUCCUUUUAGGGCCCCUUUUGUGUACCGUUAUCUGCCUCUGUGUCAAGUUUGAUGGUCCCGUGGCCAGCCGAAACAUGUUAGCGCUUCUGGCGUGGGUGUUUGCUUGGUGGCUCACGGAGGCUGUGCCCAUGCCGAUCACCUCCAUGGCACCUCUCUUUCUGUUUCCUCUCUUCGGAAUCGCUUCCGCUGAUAGUGUUGCCCACUCUUACAUGGAUGAUGUGAUCACCCUUGUUCUGGGUAGCUUCAUACUUGUUCUUGCUGUUGAGCGCUACAACAUUCAUAGAAGAUUUGCCUUGAAUAUCACUCUGCGGUUCUGUGGGGAUCCGGUUAAUCCACCUCUCCUCCUGCUCGGCAUCUGUGCCACCACGUUCUUCGUCAGCAUGUGGAUGCACAACGUGGCGUGUGCCGUGAUGAUGAUGCCUGUGGCCACGGGGAUCCUACAGCGCCUGCCAGUGGGCCCCACCCGGUCCACCCUUGUUGGCAACUUCUGUCGGGCUGUUGUUCUCGGGGUCACGUACGCCGCUCCCAUAGGGGGCAUGAGCACCCUCACCGGUACAGGUGUCAACCUGAUACUGGUGGCCAUGUGGAAGAGCUCCUCCCAAGAAGCCGACUCCAUCGGUUUCAACACGUGGUUCUUCUUCGGUUUUCCGUUGGCUUUGUUGAUUUUCUUCUCUUUGUGGGCCAUACUUUGUCUGUUGUAUUUGUCUAGGGGCUCUAGCCAGGCCCUCUCUGCUUACUUGGACAAAGCCCACUUGAAGAGAGAACUCGACACGUUAGGUCCAAUGGCUUUUGCUGAGAAGAUGAUCUUAGCUGUCUUUGGGAUGCUGAUAGCUUUGUGGAUGACGAGAAGCAUAACAGAAGACAUUCCCGGAUGGGGAGCUCUCUUCAAUGGCCGUGUAGGCGAUGGGACUGUCAGUGUAAUGAUGGCUACCCUUCUGUUCAUAAUUCCAAACAAGAAGCGAAAGGGAGAGAAAUUGAUGGACUGGAACGAAUGCAAGAAGCUGCCAUGGAACAUAAUUCUGUUACUAGGGGCUGGUUUCGCCAUAGCCGAUGGCGUCCAGUCUAGCGGGCUUGCUGAUGUGUUAUCGAAAACUUUAGAUUUCUUGGAACAGGCUCCAUAUUUAGCCAUUGCCCCUGCAGUCUGUCUCAUUAGUGCCAUCAUCACUGAAUUCAUAACAUCAAACGAUGCUACCGCAACCCUGUUGCUUCCACUUCUGAUUCAAAUGGCAAAAACCAUGCACGUCCACCCGCUGCUCCUUAUGAUUCCAGGUGCAGUUGGAUCACAAUUCGCCUUCAUGCUUCCAACUGGAACUCCUUCAAAUAUUGUUGGAUUCACCACGGGACAUAUUAAUAUCCAAGACAUGAUCAAGACAGGGCUGCCGCUCAAGAUUGCUGGCACCGCAAUAUUAUCCUUCCUAAUGCCUACGCUUGGUGCUUAUGUUUUUGGAACAAACGGAGUUCAAUAGCUGCAAGGCAGACUGUGAUGUCCGUGUUGUUGGUUUAGCUAAUAUAGUAAAAUUCAUUGAACCGAGAUGUAUAGAUCCAGCACGAGUUGUGUACCACCAUGAGAUGAAUAUUUGUUUGGCUUGGCUCACUAUGUCGUGAGCGAUCCCAAGAGGAGUGGGGAGAAUUCUUGAACUUCUCUUGUUCCACCCCCCCCCCCCCCCACCCAACACCUACCCUUCUCGUUUUGCUGCUUAUGUAUUCCAUUUGCUUCUUUUUUUUUUUUUUUCAUUAGUUAUAUCAAAUGUUUGUCCAUUUAGUGACAUAUACCCGGAAUUGUGUUGGUA